AUGUUUCUCUACAAACCCAGUGGUUCCUCACGCUGGGGUAUCAGAAGACGUAUUCUCGCCCAAUUCGCAGCCAAACGCAAAGCCCAACUGGAAGAUAUUUUCGUGAUAAAUUUGGUUGGUAUUGAUCAGUCCCGAUCUAUCUCGAGAAAUUCCAUGUCAAUCGAUGCCAGUACUCCCACCGGUGAUGACGCAGCAAAGAUCGAGCUGGAUAUUACCCCCAGACUGUUGAGAAUCAUCCUUGUUCCAGAGUUGGUUGGCUUGGGGUCUACUCCCACAAUGGACGCUUUGGCUCCGGCAAUGUUUGUUGGGCGCCGUUGUCUCCAUUGUUUUGACUACAUGUGUUCGCAUUCCGGACCAGGUUGA